AUGGCGUUUGCUGGGACAAAUGUUAGUUUGUCCCAGCCGGAUAUAAUACAAAAACUGACGGAGCGCAUAGACGACCUGAAGCAAAGAAUCGCUGCUUGGGGAAAGCGGAUUCGAUAUACCGAUAUACGAUAUACCGAGAGGUCGACACAGUUCAACCAGAAUCGUCUCUUCCAAAGUGAUCAGAAGAGGCUCUAUAAAUCAUUGGAGCGACCAAUGGUAAGUGAAACGGACCCAGCACUGAAUCAGGCCGACACGGUCGCAUUCUGGCGCAGCCUGUGGUCAGAGCCCGUAAACCACAACAAGGGCCCUUGGAAAGAAGUUGUGGCGAGUCAGUGUGCAGGUAUUACGGCGGAUGACGUAGCUGAGGCGGUCCGUAGAGCCCCUAACUGGAAAAGUCAGGGGCUUGACGGGCUGCAUCACUACUGGCUGAAGGGGUUCAUGGUGUGUCACGCUGUGCUCGCCCGACAGUUUCAAGAGGCUCUCAACCAGAAGUCGCUCCCGAGCCUCUUCACUACUGUGAUCACUCAUUUGGUUCCUAAAGAUCAGGGUCCUGGACUCAAAUCAGGUGAUGUCGCGCGCUCAAAAUGGAUGUCGGGGCAGCGGUCGUGGAACCAAGGAACCACUCCUCAUUGA